UGGGCAGAAUGCUUAACGCUUAACAUUUUUUCGAAUCGCGCGUCUCGUCUUGAGAAAUUGACCGCUGCCAUCCCGCCACGCUCGCAUCGAAGUGAUUUGAGUUCUUUGGUCGAACGCGAAUGCUAAUUGACGAUUUGACGCAGGAACCCUGUGCAAGAAGCUAGAUCAAAUUUGAAGAGAAUUUCUGUAUAUACUCUUCCCGGGUUGAAACUUCGAUAUAUUGUAGAAUAUGUCUCAGUUACCUGAUCAAACGGCACCAUCUGUAGGCUACGAAACAGUCGACUCUAGACCCAGCAAGCGGCCGAGAAUGGAAAACACUACGGAAAAUGAAAGCGCGCACAAAACCAAUAUCGAAGACUCGAUCAAAGAAGUAAAGGAAAUCCGAACACUGAAAGGUGUUGCACCAAUCAAAGCUGAGUUCUUGAUACAUCAAAAAUCAAAAGUUGAGCCAGAGAGCGACGCCCGGGCCGCGAAUGGGACGGGCUCAAAUUACGAUACAGUCCCUCGUGCCAAUUGCCAGAAUGGCGAUCGGGACGGCGUCAGUAUCAAAGACGGCGACAAAUCUGUUGGCAAUGAAUUAAUGAAUGAGCAAGAAGGCCAGAAUAAUAACAAUAACAAGGGAAAAGGUGACGAAAAGAAAAACAACAGAAAGAAUCGCGAAACGGGUCAGAACAAAAAGCGUCAGUAUGGUAGCUGGGGGGAUAAGAUUCAACUUUGCCCUUCGAGACAGCUAAGCUCAGAGUUUUCUCCACGAGAGUGCAGUCACGGCGAGAAAUGCAAAUUCGAGCACUCUUUGCGCAGAUACCUAAAGGAAGGCAAACAAGAAAUUCCUCCGGACGAUCACCUGACACCUGAGUAUGACUACCGCUUCAAGGUGUGUCCUGUAUGGGAAGAAAACGGUUACUGUCCUGCAGGAUGGAAGUGUCGCUACUAUGAGAGUCACUCCCAGGAAAUCGAGCACGAAGAUGGAAAGAAAGAACUUAUUUUGAUUGAGGAUGUAGAGCGAAUGAAGAAGGCGGGAGUCGACGAGAACACUAAAGCUGUCGGCACCAGAGUCUACAACGUCAUCGAUACAAAGGACAAGAUUGACCUUGAGCGCAGACGUGUUAAAUUAGACCGCUCAGAUCAAUAUGCGAAGUGGCUCACUGAUUCAUUCAAUCCUCGGCAAGCAAAAGCAUAUAACAGUGCUAAGCGAUCGAAUGAAGCAACAGGCAAAACCGAUGGCAAUAGAAAAGCAACAGCAGAUGAGGCUGAAAACAACGACAUCGAGAUGCACGACUGUGAGAGUAAAGAAGACACGCGUGCGUCUUUCACAGAGCCGCCUUUUCGAGCAUCUGAAAAACGCAAGCUCUACUAUGGGCCGGACACACCCGUUCUUGCACCACUCACCACACAAGGCAACUUACCCUUCCGCCGUCUAUGCGUCGAUCUCGGCGCUCAAGUGACCUGGUCUGAGAUGGCAAUGAGCCUUCCGCUGAUUCAAGGUCAAAAACAAGAAUGGGCGCUUGUCAAGGCUCACGAGUCUGAAAUUACACCACCUCGACUCAAAGGAGACAAUAUCGUCAAGGACUACGACAAUGCAAAGGACCUGAAGUUUGGUGUACAGAUCGCGGCGAACAAAUUCUGGCCAGCAUUCAAGGCCACGGAGGCCCUGGCAAAGUACUGUCCAAAGUUGCGAGCCAUUGAUCUGAAUUGUGGUUGCCCUAUCGACCUGGUUUUCAACAGCGGCGCAGGCUCUGCGCUGUUAGAUUCGCAGGCCAAACUCGAGAAGAUGCUACGAGGUAUGAAUGCCCUGUCGGGCGAAAUACCAAUCCAGGUCAAGAUUCGAAUGGGGGUAAAAGACAAUAUUCCAACGGCUGGUUCGCUUGUAGAUAGGCUGGUUCUUGGGGGUCAAACGGCUCAGGAUGAAGGCCUUGGCCCUUGUGGUGUAGCUGCCAUCACUCUGCAUGGGAGAAGCAGACAGCAGCGAUACACUCGAGAAGCCAAUUGGGACUACAUCCAUUCCAUCGGCGCUAUGAUCAAGGAUCUUAACGCGAAAAGAGAUGCAAUAACAGACACCGCGCGUGAGGGUGAUUCCCGGGAUAGAGCAAACGGUGGCCGUGUCUACUUCAUUGGGAACGGCGAUAUAUUCUCGUACGAAGAUUACUGGGACCAUAUCGAGAACGCCAAUGUGGACAGUUGCAUGAUUGCACGGGGUGCUUUGAUCAAACCGUGGAUCUUCGAAGAGAUCGAGCAGCGCAAGCAUAUUGACAAGUCUGCAGAUGAGCGGUUUGAAUACAUCAGAACUUUCUGUCGGUACGGAAUGGACACAUGGGGAAGUGAUGAAAUAGGUGUGGGCACAACAAGACGCUUCUUGCUAGAAUGGCUGAGCUUCACGCAUCGAUAUGUUCCUUUGGGCUUGCUUGAGCGUCUACCGGCGAAGAUCAAUGAAAGGCCGCCUCCAUAUUUCGGAAGAAAUGACAAGGAGACGCUAUUGGCAAGCAACAACUACAAAGACUGGAUCAAAAUCAGUGAAAUGUUCUUAGGUCCUGCAAACAAGGAUUUCAACUUUACACCAAAACACAAGAGCAACGCUUACGAAAGCAUUGAGGCUGAAGGGUAAGGCAUUCAAAGAUCGGAGCUGGACGAGAUGGUUACAGGCGGCAUGGAGAGGCGGCAUGGAGGGACGGUUGGGCGACGAAACAGUUACCAGCCAAUGAAUUCACGGGCGCAGAGCAAACCUGGUACACGCACCAGACCCCCCGUACGCUUGCUAAAGCCACAGGAAAGCGUUUCCGGAUGCGGACGCGACGUCAUUUCUGCUAUUGUAGUUACCGCUAUAGCCUGCGAGACGACUGGCUGGCAGGCGGUCGGUUUGCAAGUCUCCUGCCGACAAAUACGCAGUAGAAACUCCAAGCUAUAUGUACGAUUAAAUCAGGUGGCUGGAGAGAUAGUAGAUUCUCUUCGGUAAUGCAACUUAUCAGCUCUAUCGUCCCCG